GUUUCGUAUACAAAUUGAAGAUCUCUUUCAUCUUCUCAUUUUCACAUCUUGAUCAUUCAUUCCAUCUCUCAUCCCAAGUAUUCAAACAAACACAUGAACGCAAUCGGUUUUCAUGGCGUCAAUGGCGCGUAUGCUGAAGAUGCUAUCAUCGAGCUCACCUCUAAGCAUCCUAGUUUUACACAACACACCUUCCGUACCGAAGGAUUUGAUACCCUGACUGAAUUGUUUUCGAAUAUUCAACGCGGCACUGUUCGCCAUGGGCUCAUUCCAAUCGAAAACUCCCUCUCUGGAACACUUCAUUCUGUUCUUGAAUUAUUUGCUCGACAGGAACCGCGUCUCUGGGUUGUGGGCGAGUAUACCUGCAGCGAGUCACAUUACAUUAUGGCUCGUCCAGGCACUGAACUCAAAGACAUUGUUGAGAUCCAAUCUCAUCCUGCUAUCCUCGAACAGUGUCAAGAAUUCCUUGAUGCAACGCUACCAGAAGGAUACAGAGCUGUGCUCUCUAGUAAUACAGCCAGUGCAGCUGAGGAUGUCGCCAAGAGUAAAGAAUUCGGCUGUGCUGCUCUGGCAGGGAAACGAGCUGCGCAACUUCAUGGUUUGGCUAUCCUUGGAUCAGAUUCAACACCCAACAACGUGACACGUUACUGGCUUAUCUCACGCCACCCAGUUUUGCAACCAGAUCGGAGCAUGAGUCCCAAAUCAUCCUUUGCAUUAGUGAUGAAGAACCAAGUCGGGGCUUUACAUCGGGUCUGCUCCUGCUUUGCUCUUCGUGAUAUCAACAUUACCAAACUAGAGUCCAGACCAUCGUCCAGGACCAUUACUUUAGCCUCACCAUGGGAAUACAUGACUUAUAUCGACAUUGAAGGCGCUCCUGGAAAUGAGGAUAAUGUCAGGCGUGCGGUCGAAAAUCUGCAAGAAUUUACUCAAAAAUGCAUCCACCUUGGAUCGUAUCCCAGAUACUUACAUGGAAGUCGACACUAGGAUAGAUACUCAUUUUUAACUCGUUUAAAUUUAAUAUAUUUUACAACUUACGAUAAAAAUACAAUGCG